AUGGCAGCUCCGACUUCAACCCCACCAAUAAGUGACCCUCCCACGCCAAACGACGAUGACAGUCCCGGCAGCAUACACUCAAUCUACCCGACUCUACUCGACGAACAAGAAGACCCACUAGAAGAAGGAGUCACAGAUAAUAUAGUGGCGCUAUCUGCACAAUACGCCAGUGUUCGCACACAUGAACCUACGAACCGGGAACAUGGAAAGAAACAAAAGAAGGGCCCGAUCGCUGGAGAAUCGAUUACUAGACUAAGAAGUUACGCGCGCGUAAUGCGCCGAAGGGAGUGGCGCGCCUGUUGGCACGGAGUAUUACUGGUUGAUUAUUGGACAUCAGCAUGUGCGCAAACUCGACGCGAAUUGCUACCAACUACGCCUAACAGGAUCGAGUAUAAAUUGGCGCAUAAAUCGGUGACAUCGCCUCUUGGUCGAUUCCCACGGUGCGGGAGCAGCGGGAGCGCGAAGUUGAAAUACUACGGGAUGUGCGGCGUCGAGUGCAUGGUCUUCCGCCUGGUCCAGGUGGAGCAGAAGGAGAAGGGACAAUUGAGACUCGACUCGUUGUUUAAGCCGAUUGUCGGACCGGAUACUGUGUCAGAAAAGAAACCAGUGUCCGCGAAGAGAAAAUGCGCAUAG